GCAAACAGAUUGUCUUCCCCGGGCGUUGAAAUGGAACGUUUAUGUGUAAUUCUUCUGCUUAUAAGUAAAACUGCAAUAGUCAACACGCAAUUCAAUGGGUUCAACUGUGACGGCAACUUUCACAGCCGGUUUCCCACUGAGCGGGACAUCAGCGUAUACUGUGGAGUCCAAACCAUAACACUGAAGAUUAAUUUCUGCCCCGUACUCUUCUCCGGCUACAUAGACACCGAUCUGGCACUCAAUGGUCGUCACGGUGAUGCUCACUGCCGAGGGUUCAUAAACAACAACACUUUUCCUACAGUUGUGCUGUUUAGCAUCAGUCUUAGCACGCUUGAGGCCUGUGGAAACUUACUAAUGGUCUCUACGGCUCAGGGACCCAACGCCUAUGGAAAUGUCUCGAUGGUCCAGAUUGGAAGCAUAUCGGGAUACAUCGACACUCCGGAUCCCCCAACGAUCAUCAGUUACCUGCCGGGACUACUUUACAAGUUCAGCUGUAGUUACCCUUUGGAAUACCUGGUCAAUAACACGCAACUCGCUUCGUCGGCCGCAGCGAUAUCAAUAAAGGACAGCAAUGGUACUUUCAUAAGCACCUUGAAUUUACUCCUGUACAACGACUCCUCAUACGUCCAGCAUCUCGCCAUGCCUAUGGCUGGACUUACUUUGAAGACACGAGUGUACGCCGCUGUAAAAGCCACCAACCUAGACCGGAGGUGGAAUGUUUUGAUGGACUACUGUUACACGACGCCCUCCGGGAAUCCUAAUGAUGUUCUCCGAUAUGACCUUUUCUUUGGCAGAUGUGAUAAGGACCCGCAGACAACCGUCUUCGAGAAUGGGAAGAGCCAGAUGGGCCGCUUCUCCUUUGAGGUGUUUCGCUUUGUCAAGCACAAGAACCAGAAGAUGUCCACCGUCUUUCUGCACUGUGUAACCAAGUUGUGCCGGGCGGAUGACUGCCCUAUGCUGAUGCCUAUCUGUGGGAAAAGGAAGAAAAGGGAUGUGUCGGAAAGAACUGGAACGGCCUCUGACAACGCAGUCAUAACAGCAGGACCCAUUAUCACUAGAAGUGAUGAAACUUCCACCAAUACUUCCCAGAUAGCACAGUUAAACGGGCCACAGUUCAAAAUGAAUUCGGUUACGAGCGCUUUGAUUUCUGCCAUCGCAAUCCUUGCCGUUAUGAGCAUGUGUUUCUUCAUCCUGUCUCUUACGCUGCUAAAGGGGAACCAGACGCCACAAACAGCCCUGACAGGAGCCCACAACCCGGCUUUCAGCUAAACACACACACAAAAAAAAUUGUGUUUCAGCUGAACAAUGCAACAAUACCUGUUACUUUUGGAGAGCUCUGCAAUUACAGUAAACAUAAUCAUGAAAUACAUGGGAAAUAAUAUCAUUCUAUUACACGACACAUAAAAUUGCUGCUGUUAUGAAUACCCAACAUCAAUACGGCUAUUUCUAUCACUGUAACUACACAAGAGCACCACAUUUCUUUUCUAUAUUCCUAUAGAAAAACAUCUGACCCAUCAAGUUGAUAUCAGGAGUGAUCGUGCAGUAUGUAACGCAUACUUCAAUACAGCUGAAUAAUUAUUUAAUUGCACUUGUACAUUAAACAAUGGACAGAGCAGUGAAAUGUUUUAUACAUAUAUUUAAUUUGUUGCUAAAGAUACAGUUACAGUUAUACCUCAACUCUUCGCCGUAUUUUUGCAGGGUUUAAGAUCAGUUACACCAGGAACACAAGCAGAGGUAUCUAAUACACAAGCCUGACACAUAUUUCUAGUUGAGUGAGAAUAUUAAAGUCAACAGGAUUGAAUGUGAGUGGUCUAUUCAUCAUCGGCACAAAGGAUCAAGGGACCCUGUAUUACUCUUUGCAAUAAUUAGUUUGAGUUACAAGGAGAGAGAGAUGGAGAGAGACCAUAGGGAACAAAUUUAAUUAAAUCAAAAAGCAACCUAGUUUGCAGUAUGUUAUUUGAUUGUGGUGGAUGAGAACACUAUUUAAGAUAUUUUUAGUUUUAAUUAAUUCCAUUUGUUUUUACUCAUUAGUGUUCACAUGUCUCAGUGAUACCAGUUCAACGUUAAUGAGUAUUAGCAGUUAGUUUUACAUACUCUUAUAUUCACGUUUAGAUAUUCUUUUGUAUCAAAUAUUUCAAUUGAAAUCAUGUCUGAA